AUGAAGUGCCUGUUCUUCCUUGGUAUCCUGCAGCUCCUUGCUGCUGCCACCGCCAGGUACAAGCAGUGGAUCCCCAACACCAACUUUGAAACUUCUUCCAACUGGGAUAAAGGCAGAGUGCCCUGUGCUAGUGAUGUGGUUCACUUUGAGAAGGACAAGGUCAUCUCAGUCUUUGUUGGGUCUCCCCAUGCACUGACAGACAUGUACCUGCCCCUGAAUGGAGAGCUCGUGCUGGCAGCUGGUGCAGGAUUCACAGCCUUCGAUGGCAGCUGGGAUCCAGGAUGUGACUCAGGUGAAACAGUGAGGUUUGCUGACGCUGAACACCACACGUGGUUUGACCCCACGCUGUGGCAGGACGUGUCUCCCAGUGGAGAGCUCAAGCCAAGUGGGCACAUCUUUUCUGUGGAUGAGGAACGUGUCCCGUGCCGCUACGACGAUGUUAUCUUCCAGCCCGAAACCUCCUUCCGCGUAAACAUCGACUCAUCACAGCAAGUGAUUCACCUCCACAGCAUCUCUGUCAUGGGCCGGGAGCUGAGCACCCCAGCAGGCUGGGCUGAGUACCUGCAGGGCCCCUCUGCCCCUCUGCAGUUCCAUGGCAAUGGCUCUCUCCAGGUGACAGGCACUGCCUGUCCCGACAAAUCCGGCUGCUGAUGCUGCUCUGCUCUCCUUCAGGAUGGUCCUCGGAUCUGCUCAGCCCUGCACAGGGCGUCGGGGAGACAGUGCCCAGAGCCAGAGUGCCAGAGCCCUCUGCAGCCCCUUGGCCACUGCUGCAGGGUCUGUGGAGCCACCAUUAACCUGGAUUUCACUCCUGAUUUUGACCUGCAGAAGUACCGGGACAGAUUGCUCCAAAACUUGAUGAACCAGCCCAAGUAUGCUGGUGUGCAGAUGGCCAUAUCCAAGGUGCACAAAGCACAGACCUUCCUGGGCGUCAUACCCCGAAGCUCCACUCCUCUCAUCCAGAUUGUGCUGAUGGACGACAGAGCAGGAGAGCAGACUGGCACCGCUGCAGAGCAGCUGGCAGCAGACAUCAUGCAGGACAUAGCACAGCAUGGUGGAGCACUUGGCAUUUCAACUGGCAAAGUGGAGGUGGCCACAGGCAACACUUUCACCAAGCAAGUGGGGAGCCACACACUGAGCAGGAUCACAGCAGGGACCAUCAUGGGGCUACUCUUCGGUCUCCUGUUCCUUGGAGGGAUCCUGUUUCUCUACAGAAGAGGAAAGCUAAGGUUGCCCAUCCUGCGUCUCCCCCACCCCUGGGAGAGAAUGGAGGAUGAUUCAGCAGACCCAGCACCAGCCAGAGACGAUGGUUUCGACAACCCCAUGUUCAGUGUGGAGCCUCCAGGCACUGUUCCUGGAGGGGAGGGACCACAGGAGAUGACUCCCAAAGACCUCCAGGUCUUCUACCUCAACCCUCUGUACGACGCAAGUGAGACGGAGACCUGA